UCCCAUAGGGGCGCCUGGCUGAUGUUGCCAAGAAAAGCCCCGCGCUGUGCCCACUGACGCGCAUCGCUAAGUGACUCAAACCUACGUCACCCCCGCCCAGGCAAAAGACGUUGCGCCCCUCCCCGCGUGAAGAAAGCCUCUCCGAAGCGCUUUCUCCUCACGACCCAGGCGCUCCAGGCUAGCCAGCCACCGAGCCAACCGGAGAGGCGGAACCGGGCCGGCUGCUCCCGCCGCCCACCGCUACCAGAAAGGGCUUGGCUGGACCUGCGAGAACCGCACAAGCGGGCCAGAAGGACGCGAGCGGGGAGCCGCCAGAGGAGAAAGAGAAGGGGGGGGUCGGGCAAACGCGGCGCGGCGCGGUGCGCAGACCUGAGCAGCUGAUGCGCGCGUCAGAACCCCCGGAGCCUUGACGCCGCUCGCUUUCGAAGCCCCAACUCCGCUCCGUCCCUGGGCCAGUCGCUAAGCAGGUGCUCGGCGGAGCCCCUCAGCUCCUUCCCUCCCUCGCUCCGGGCGUUUGUGUGUUUGUUUGUUUAUUUAUUUUCCCCUCGUCGCGGAGAAGUUGGUUGUGGCAUAGGGGGCGACGGACGGAUCUGCGGACGAGCAGCUGGCUGUCCGCCACCGAGAGAAACGGGGCGUCUGGUGCCUUCGCCUUUCCUCAGGUCUCACACAAAUGACUCAGAUCUGACGUGUUAUCCCCAAAGCCAGCACUUGCCCUUUUAAAGUUUUACUCCACCGGGCCUUGGAAUAAAUCUGUACUUAAUCUAUAAGGGGCUACACCAGACCAUCUCAAUGCCUAAGAGCAGCAAAGUAACUCAGCGAGAACAGAGCAAUGAGCCUGUCACAGAAUCAGUGGCUGAUCUACUGGCUCUGGAGGAACCUGUGGACUACAGAAACAGUGUCUUAAAUGUGGCUUCAGAAAACUGGAACAAACAGCAGGUUGGAGAAGAAGCAGAUGAUGACAGGCCAGCAUGGAACAACAAGCUACAGUACAUUUUGGCUCAAAUAGGCUACUCUGUUGGCCUGGGGAAUGUGUGGCGGUUUCCAUAUUUGUGCCAAAAGAAUGGUGGAGGUGCUUAUCUAGUCCCCUAUCUCAUCCUGCUCAUCCUUAUUGGAGUCCCUCUCUUUUUCCUGGAACUGGCCGUAGGGCAGAGAAUCCGCCGGGGCAGCAUAGGAGUGUGGAAUUACGUUUGCCCUCGAUUAGGUGGCAUUGGAUUUUCCAGCCUCUUAGUCUCCUUGUUUGUUGGACUCUAUUAUAAUGUGAUCAUUGGAUGGAGCAUCUUCUACUUUUUCAAAUCCUUCCAGUAUCCUUUACCUUGGAGUGAAUGUCCUGUUUUAAAAAAUGGCUCAGUGGCAAUCAUAGAACCGGAAUGUGACAAAAGCUCUGCAACUACUUUCUUCUGGUAUCGUGAUGCCCUGGACAUUUCCAACUCCAUUUCAGAGAGUGGUGGACUUAACUGGAGAAUGACCUUAUGCCUGCUGAUAGCUUGGAGCAUUGUAGGCUUGGCUAUGAUCAAAGGAAUCCAAUCCUCAGGAAAGGUGAUGUAUUUCAGCUCUCUCUUUCCAUAUGUGGUGCUGAUCUGCUUCCUGAUACGAGGUUUGCUUUUGAGAGGGGCAGUUGAUGGGAUUCUACAUAUGCUCACUCCUAAGCUUGAUAAAAUGUUGGAUCUCCAAGUAUGGCGAGAAGCUGCCACUCAGGUCUUCUUUGCUCUUGGUCUAGGUUUUGGUGGAGUUAUUGCCUUUUCCAGUUACAACAAGCAGGAUAAUAACUGCCACUUUGACGCAGCCCUUGUCUCCUUUAUCAAUUUCUUCACUUCCAUCUUGGCCACAUUGGUUGUUUUUGCUGUACUGGGCUUCAAAGCCAAUGUUAUGAAUGAAAAGUGUGUUGUUGAGAAUGCUGAGAAGAUCCUGGGUUAUCUGAACACAGAUAUGCUCAGCCAUGCCCUGAUACCACCCCAAGUGAACUUCUCCCAUCUCACAGCCAAGGAUUACACUGAAAUGUAUGCUGUGAUAAAGACAGUGAAGAAGGAUCAAUUUGAGAAGCUGGGAUUGGAUCCCUGCCUGUUGGAAGAUGAGCUUAACAAGUCAGUGCAGGGAACUGGCCUCGCAUUCAUAGCUUUCACAGAAGCAAUGACCCACUUCCCAGCUUCUCCUUUCUGGUCAGUGAUGUUCUUCCUGAUGCUGAUAAACCUGGGUUUGGGGAGCAUGAUUGGGACCAUGGCUGGCAUCACCACACCCAUCAUUGACAUGUUCAAAGUGCGCAAAGAAGCAUUAACAGUUGGCUGUUGCAUUUUCGCUUUCUUCGUGGGGCUGAUCUUUGUGCAACGCUCAGGCAACUAUUUCGUCACCAUGUUUGAUGAUUACUCUGCAACGCUGCCACUCACUCUUGUGGUAAUCCUGGAGAACAUUACUGUGGCUUGGAUUUAUGGAACCAAAAAAUUCAUGCAGGAAUUAACAGAAAUGCUGGGUUUCCGGCCUUCCGCCUAUUAUUUUUAUACAUGGAAGUACAUUUCACCAAUCUGUAUGGCUGGCCUGAUGACAGCCAGUAUAAUUCAGCUAGCAGUCAAUCCACCAGGUUAUAGUGCCUGGAUAAGAGAAGAGGCGGCGGAGAAAUUUCUCUAUUACCCCAAAUGGGCAAUGGGCAUACUUGUGUCUCUGAUCAUCUUGGCCACCCUUCCUCUGCCGGUGGUCUUUGUCCUCCGCCAAUUCCAUCUGCUGUCAGAUGGUUCUAAUGCUCUGUCGGUCACAUACAAAAAGGGGCGUAUGAUGAAGGACAUAUCCAACUUAGAAGACAAUGAUGAGACCCGUUUCAUCUUGAGCAAAGUUCCUAGUGAAACUCCUUCUCCAAUGCCUGCACAUCGCUCUUACCUGGGCCCUGGGAGCACCUCCCCAAUGGAAAUGAGCAAUGUUGCCAAUGGACGCUACAGCAGUGGGUACCUCAUGGAUACCACUCCUGAAUCUGAACUGUGACCAUCAACCAGUAGCCUUCCCCUACUUCCUGGGUGAAAGAGAAGAUAGUCCUGAAGGAGGACAUCUGUUCUUUAAAAAAAAGCUUCCCAUCAUGCAUAGCAACCAGAGGUAGAUGAUAUCAAGUGUAAAAGGUCGAGAAGGAAAGUUGCUUUUCUUCUGGUGCUCUCCAAAUGAAAUACCAGAAUUUUCCUCAGUGAAUAAUAGUAGUGGUAGGACAUUGCAAUAAAUCUUAUGGGCAAAAGGGAAAUUUUAGCUAAUUGGUAUUGAAAAACACAGAUAACCUGUUUCAAGAAAUCUAAGAUUGAGGGAGAGAGAUGGAAUAAGGAAACAGCCAAAACAACAACAACAAAACAAACAAACAAACAAACAAAACAAGAAGCGGCUGGUUCCCUGACUCUCUCUCUCUUUCUCCAUCCCUUACUUUUAGUUAGGAGAAGAGGUUUUUGUCCCAUUUGCUGAAUAAUUACCACUAUUCAUAGCACAAGAUUUAAAAAGCCCUAUGUGUAUUCUACCAGGACCAUAUCCAAGUUGCACAGUCUUAGUGAAGAGUUCUUACAACUCUUCACUAAGAUACAUUUUAUGUACACAGCACAUUAGAAUGCUUGCUGUUGCAUUAUGUGAGAUUGGUGAUGUUAUUGCUGAAGAUGAUAAAAAGAACCUGAAAGAUUUUUGUUUAAGUGAAGCUGGCCGUGGUAUGCAUGCUGCUGAGAUAUACAGUGUUCCUGUAUCACAAAUUCAGAUUUGUGCCAUGUGUGUCAGUCAGAACCAAAACAUAGCUCUAUCAGUGUAGUUUUCUAGAAUUCAUGAUGUAUUCAUGAUAUUAUUUACAGAACUCUAAUUAAAUGCGGACAUUAAAUAUUUUAUGAAAUAUAGGACAUAGUAAGAACUAUUCUAGUAGCAGCUCUUUUCUACAAUAGAGAUGGAGAGAAUCAGUAGCUCUCCAGGCUGUUAGAUUUCAUUGGCAUCAGCUAGGAGGGCUAAUGAUAAGGAAUGCAGGGAACUGCAGUGCAACAACAUCUGAAGGGCUUCAAGUUCUCUACUCCUGUUACGUGGGCACACACUAAAUACAUGGAAGGAUCUUCCUAUAUUAUAAUUUGGGAAGGAAUGACAAGCACAUUAAAAACAUUGAUAGCACAUUUCCUUCAACAUAGCACAUGUGAAUUAUGUCCCCCAGCAGGAUUAGUGUGGUGGGAUUAUCAAACUUUCUAAACAAUGUUUUAUAUUAUAUACCUAAGAUAAUUUAAAUGUUUUCUUCAAACUGUUACCUCUGUUUCUUUAACUGCAGUGAGGAAGAUAACUGCACAUAUAUCAAUCACAGUAUCGGAUAUUGAUAGAAUUGAUAAAAUUACUAAAGUCUAGUGGCAGAGUUCUUGCCUCCCACUUAGUCACAUUCAGUUAGUCAUUCAAACAAGCAGUGCCAAUUUUUAAAACCAAUUUUAAAACAUUCUCUUCCUCCAAAAUUGUACAAUUUAUAUGUGAGAGUUUAACUGUUAUAAGUCUUUACAAAGUUGUUCGGGUAAACCAUAUAAUUAAUGAACAUUUUAAACAACCUCCCCCUUCCCUUUUCAUUUUGUCCUCCUCUAGUUUUGCUAUUUAAAUAUUCCCCUGAUUGCAAUUUGUGGACUGAAGUACCACGAAGUCUGAUUUUUUUAAAAGUAGAAAAUAAUACAUAUAGGGAGGAAUAUGUUGCAGCUGUAAAUCAUUUGCAGAAGAUGCUUUAAGAGUUCAUGUGCAGAGAGUUGAGUGGCUAGAUCUUCAGGAGAUGUCUGCAAUGGUAUAAAAGAUUUAUAGAGGCCACUUUAAAUGUGAUUACUGGGAUUACCUCUCUAUGGCCAGCUGUUUUGUUAGUUUCUGAGACUAAUGUUAUGCACAAUUCUCUAGGAGUAAACAAAAAGAACAAAAAAGAAAAAUCUUACGCUUUGAACAUUAUUGAGAGCCUGAAUCUGCUGGAAUAUUAAUCACCAAUAAUACCUUUAAAGUUGUGUCUGGGGCAUUAUGAGAAAUUAAAAAGAUGAUUGGUCAGUGGAUAAUACUUAUGACAUUUUCAGAGUAUUGAUGCCUGUCACCAUCAGUUAAGGCUGAUUUUUAUCCUACUUUGAAUAUACAACAUAUCUUAACUUUACCAAGUCUUUUCUAAGUGGUGGAAUAAAAAAAUAAGGUUUGAAUUUGUGUUUGGCAUAAAUCAGCAAUUAAACAGAAGCCAAGAUCUGGUGUCCUAACUCCACCUCAUUCUAUUCAUUGGGCUUCCGGAGCACAAUGUGGCCCAACACUGAACAGUAUAUCACAAUGCAUUAAAUUAAUGUCAGGAACCCCAAUUAUCCAGGAUGUAUUCAUUAUGCAAUAGUGAAAAACAACUAGUUUAUUCCCAUAGAGGUAAUGAAGUGUCAGUGGGGAAAUGUCAAGAUGUCAAGAAAAUGAUGAAGAAUGUCCUACUUUCCAGAGACUUAGCAUUUUUACAGUAAAAGCCUUUCUAGAAUGUUUCCUGAUGAUUUGAUUUGCCUGUACUGCUGCAUUUAAGGAGAUCACAACAUUUUUAUUCAUUUCAGCAGUCAAUGGAUUCUCUUUUUGUUCUUGGGUUUCAGAUUUGACUUCAGAGUAGUUAGGUAACCUGGAGAAUUAUGCAUAAUUAUACUUCAAUUUCUUCUUUUCUACAUGCUAUAUUAUUUAAGUAAGCCUGUGAUAUAUUACAAUCUGAAUAGACAAUGGAGGUAGCUAAGUUGAUAUUUCAGUCCAUUUCUGGCCUUUUUUAAUUCAGUCAUAAAGUAUCACAUUACUGUACUAGUUAUUUUAUCUGAGUCCUACAAAAACAGCAAUUUUGCAAAAAGAAAAAGAAAAGAAGACAUUUUCUGUGAUAGUUCUACAUGUUUCCUAGUCAGAAAUAAAUCUUUAGGAUAUGAGUCAAUAUAAUUCCACUGGAAUCAAUUAAAUUAAAUGACAGCUAUUGGAAAUCUGAUCCAGCUGCUACAGAUGACAGGAUUAUAGAAUUAAGGUAGAGUUUAUAAAUAAGAGAGUGUGUCUUUGAGAUAAGGUGAGCAUCAAUGCUCAGUAUCAGUCAUUCUGGCUAGGGCUGAUGGGAAUCGGAGUUCACAAAUAUCUGAAGAUCCUUUUUUUUUUUAAAUAUAGGAAACCCUGUACCUCCGCACCAGCAGUAAUGUGCUAUAAAGUCUCUCUUCAUGCAGGUCAUGCAUUGGUCCCAAGCAAACAGCUUACUCUGUCAAUGGGUCUUUUCUAAUCAAUCUGUUCAUUUAAAUCCUAUAUAUAGAAGAGAACAGGCAUGUUAGUGCAUCAUCUAUAUGACAAUCCUUGAAAUAUCUGAAGUUGUUGUAAUCUCUUGAUCAUUUGUUUAGGUAAGACACUGGCUCAAAGAAGCAAAUGGGUACCAGUGUAUGGCACUGUUUUUCCAUUUCCACUACAAAAUUGGCCAAUGUACUCCAAUUUUCCUUCAUUCUUUUCUCCAGUCAUUUAUGCAGAUAUAUUACAACAGGCUAAGAAUAUGAAUCAAAUAGUAUGCAGAAGCACUUGCAAUCAUUUUUAAGACUAUAGGAAUACUUUUCACUCCACCCACGGGAGUUAAAUGCUCAUCCAGAUAUUACCAUGUUAACAUUUCCCUAUAUAGUUCUAUAUUCUAAAACACAAAAAUUUGAAAGAAGACAACUUGAUUCAAAUCAGUUAAUGAUCAGGAGGAUAAGAAUUAUGACAGUUUCUGUUUUCAACUAUCAUAUACCCUGAAUUGGUAAUUAUGACAAUUGUACAAUGAAUGUUAAAAAGGCAGGGCUUUUUUUGUUACUUCAGCCCUAACUAAUUUAUACAGAUGACUAUCUGCUAUAGAGUUUUGCAUACUUUGAAAAAGAUUUGAAAGAAGUGCCCAGAGAGUAGAAGAAGCUUCUAUGCUAUUUCUUAAAACAGCCCUAACUUUUAAAGGCUCCUAUAUAAGUUUAAAGAGCAGCAUCUUUCUCCAGGUUCACACAGAGAGCUGAAAGAGCUGGACUGCUUUAACAAUAAUAGUACUAUACUUGUCUGAUUUAAAGCACUUGCAUCCAAUCUUUUUCAAAGCAUGCACAGUUCUAUAGACACUAGAAAUAAGUCUUAUAUAGAUCAGUGAAGUUUUUUUUCCGGCUACAAAAAAAAUCACAGUUGACUUCAGGGUGAUUAAGAUAGAGAAAUUGUCACUGCUGGAAUCAAUUAAUUAGAAGCAAUGCUGCAGUUAAAGAGGGUUCAUAGUGGACCUUCUCCUAGAAACAUCUUUUGUGAUGACUACUGUUUUAGAAAUUAAGGAUAUCAGUUGGUUAAGAUGUGAAAGACAAUCAAGGGUGGGCUUGUAGUUUUCAUUAAGCCUUCUUACUUUUUCUUCAUUAUACUACAGACACUGACAGUUCUAGGACAAAGGUUCUUUUCAGAAUAGUGUUAUAAUUAUUGGUUUCAGCAGAUUUUUGUUUCCUGUUUUUUCUUCUGACUUCUCUCUAUAUCUUUGACAAGAUUAUAAGCAGAGAUCAUGUGAGCUUGUGUUAUGAGCAAUUAAAUGGACAUUUCCUUUUUUAUAAAGAGAUUGUAAACAUUACAUUUUAAGAUGAAGGCGAUACCACUUGAUUUUUUUAUGAGUCAUGAAUGAAUCAAGUAGGGAUAAAAAAAAAAUCCCUGCUUGAAGGUUCCAUUUUUAAAAAAAUUAUCUUUUGAUAGUUUUUCCCCCCUGUGGACUCCAUUAAGGGAAAAAAAUAUAUCGUCCAGCCCGUUGUCUAGAGAUAAUGCAAAAUGUGAAAAGCAAUCAUUGAAAAAGCUAAUUGUUGAAUACAGAGUUUCCCUUUCCUGUCCAUAUUGUUCUAUCCUGAAGACUUCUUCUUUUGCAUGGAAGGAAGUUGUCAGAGAUUCCCAGAAUUCUUGAUUUGCUCUGUGCACCUUGGGACAUGUUUGAAGUGCCAUUGGGCUGACCAGAGCUAAUUUCAUGUAAUGCCCCUCUGUUGGCUUCUCAAGGAGAAGCCAGUCUAGGGAAAGUGUUUCCACAAUGGAUCCAUGGCAUUUCCUUCCUUCCUUUUUUGUGGUGUAUGAUCAGUGGCAGUGGGAAGAUGAAGAAACAUAUAUUGGUGGUUUGUACAUAAAAAAUAUAUAUAAAGAGAGAAGACAAUAAUCUAUAGAUUCUAUUUCUAUUGUAUAUUUAUUCUGUAAAUGUUGGUGUAAAUUCUGUUAAAUGAGAAACAUAUUCCAAAGUGAUCAGUGAACUAUUUUCAUUCUCAGUGCUGUACAGAUAUAUUUUAUUGUACAUUUGAUAUAUUUAUAAUUUUUUAGUGUCUGAUUAGUGACCACAUCCUGCUGAGCUGCCCAUGGGGUGGGAGGGAGGGGGUGGAGCACAAAAGGGCACUCCUGUCAUUAUUUCUGUGAAAAUAUGUAACAGUAUUUCAUUGUGGCAUUUUGCUAAGCAGCAACUGGGGUGUGAUGGGAAUAAGUGUUAGAUGCCUUGACCAAUUGAUCCAUCGAGUCUCUCUGUGUUAAGACUCAUAUCUGCUGUUGUGCUUAUCUUUGUUCUACUAGAGUUAGUUUUCUUCCUAUAAUAUAAUCUGUUUCAAGGCCAUUUUGUUGCUUUUGUAUGGAUAUUCUAUGUCUGUGGACUUGGACCAAGGUAAAUGUCUGGCUUAUUCUGACAGGAAUAUUACUGAAGCGCUGCGUUAAUUUGUGACCUGUGUUCAGCUAUAUUGCCAAUAGAAUGAGCCCAAAAUAUGGUCAUGUACUGUAUGCUGCUAAACUAAAACAUAGAAAAGGAUAAUGGCGGGAGGGGAUAUAAUCUGCUGUCCGUGUAGAAUAAUGUAGGGCCUGUUGCUUAACAGAUGUAGGAUCAUAUAUGCCCAAUCUUUGUAAAACAAAUAGCCAAUAGAAGUUAAUAUUAAUAAUUGCUAUAUUUCUGCUCACUUGAUGGAAUGAGCCUUUCCAGCUUGGUGCCUUCUGGAUUUAUCAGAGUUAAAUUGCUGUAAUCUCAACCAACAUUACACUAACCAACCUCAAAGCUGGAAAUUAUGGAAAGUGAGAUUUAACUCAAAUAGAAGGCUCCAGGUAGGAAAGGCAGACUAUUUUCUUCCAUUUAUCACUGGGCUACCCCUUAGCUAAACCUUAUCUAGCCACUUGGGAUAGGCAAAAAAAAAAAAUAUAUAGCACAAACUACAGCUUUUGUAAAUACAAGUAUCUAGAAGAGAAAUGCAACCUGUAACCUGAAAUGGAACAUGUCUGAUAAUAUUCAUGUUUCUUUCUAAAGAAUGAGCCCAGCAAUCUAAGGAAAUGCUUUUAAUGCUAAUACUCCUACUGAUUUUAUGUGCUUCCAGAAGAAGUAGGAGACCAUGAGAAGACUGAAAUGGCAGGCAACUUCAUAUAGGUUCUCCAUAAGAUUCCAGGAAUGAAGCAAUGUCUUUGCAAUUUAAAAGUCUUGUCUGAAAUAAUAUGCUAUACAGUACAUUUCCUAUAUCUUGGUCCAAAAUCAAAUCUUAUUAAAUUUCUUGGCGCCAACCAUAUAACUAUUGUCUUGGAAACAAGUUGUGGCCUCUAAAUUUUGGGGGCUUCCACUUUGAUCAGCCUUUCCAGCAUUGGAAUGAUGUAGUUCUCUUAUGAAAAAUACCUGAUGGGCAACAUGCGGAUAUUGUAAACCAUCCAGAAAGUGCUGUAAAACACUAUGGGGCGGUAUAUAAAUCUAAGUACUAUUGCUUUCUGGAAGCAUGAGUCGCCUGAACCAUAUUCAUGCUUACUGUCAAAAUGGAUUUUAUAACUAUUCCUGGCUCAACUAUGACAUCAUAAACUGGGCCCAACUUUCUGCCAUCAUGAGUUGAUCCUUCUAAUCAAUGAGUCAGUGUUCCCAAGAUAUACCUCGUUCUAGGUUCUAAGAAAGACUUAUAAAGCAAACAAUGAAUGAAGAUGUGAUGAAUCCUAGUAUGAUGUUAUGUGGUUAGAUUAUUAUGAGGUGAAAUGGAAUUAUUAUGAUAGAAAUACAGUAAGGAGGGGGUGGCAAUAUUAUCUGUCUGAUUCUAUGCAAAGAUAGGCACGCUUAGUUACUAUAUAUGGCCAUGGGAUGGCAGCAUAGAAACUUUUUCUUGCCAUCUAUAAGUCGUCUAAAUUUUGUUGCUCACAUAUGGUAAUCCUAAAUGUGCGUCAGAUUAUUCUGUAAAACAAAAACAUAGUGGGAUUAUUUUAUAGUAAAGUCAGCAACAUUGAACACUAAUGGCAGCCUCUUGAAAUCAGCUCAGCCUUCCUUCUGAUAGUACCGUUUAGAUGAGAUGUGACUGCAGCUACUAGAAUUUGUAAGCCAUCACACCAAAAACUGAGUUACUUUAAGAUGGUUAGUAUUUUCAGACCCAAAUGUUAUCAGUCUGAAAUUUCAACAUCAGAACUGAGGCUGGUGCUUAUCAGUUCUACAGUAAUUCUAUUCUGGAUGGUUUUUUACCAGCUGAUCAUUUGUGCUUUGCCUCAAUGUUCUAAUAUUCCAGUCAGCCUCAUUGACUGUAAUUUUGAAAUUAAACACUGCUUUCAGAUUACUGAAACGUUCUGCAGUUUUUACAAAACAUCAAGCAAGAAAAAAAACUCAACAAUGCAGCAGGAAGUUAAAUAGUGAACCUAAACUCUUAAUGCAUAAUCUUCCCACACACCUCAGGUGGCUUUAAGAAGAAUAUUUUUAACCUGUCAAAUUUUACUAGGUAUUCUUUUUAUAGUAUUGAAUGUAAGGCUUUUUAAAAUCCUACUGGGUCCUCUAGGCAGCUACAAAUGGUGCCUACCAUAAACCUGUAGUAAUACUUAUUUAACUCUCUAUGGUAUGAUUUCUUGGCUUCCACCAAGGAAUUUCCAUCAACCUACUAUAGUCCAUAGCCCUGUGUCAUAGAGUAUAUUAGUAAUAGAGAAUUAAGGGAAAAAAACCCUUUUUUUAAAAAAAAAAAAGUAAGUCUCACAUAUGUCAUCUUCAUUUACGAUCAGAAAACUGCAAUAUUAUUGAAACUGCUGUCAGAAGAAACUUUGAUUGCCUGAAUCUACUGAUGUCAUUCAAAACAUCUUUGGGACAGAACAAAUAUACAUUGAUUUUGCAGUAAUCCAAAAAGACGGAGAAGAAUUAAAUGCUAUGUUAGUCUAUCUCAUGAAAAAAGAGUCAGGAUGAAGAUAGUGUAGAUUUAAGCUUAUCUUGCAGCACUGGAUCAACUGGCUCCCAGACUUGCAUCUUGAAUCCAUGCUGAGAAGCUGUACAUGAGGAUGCUGAAUUUGAGGAAGGAGGCCGCUGGAUUUUCUGAAUUGCCUGCACAGAAAAAAAAAACCUAGAAAACAUAUGGAACAUGAAACUGGAUGGGGGUGGGGGUGAGUGGGAAGCACAAUUUGUAGUGACUUAUCUCAUAUACACCAUAGUCAGUGUAACUACUAUCCCAAGCACCCUGUGUCAGCAGGAUAAUUCUGUUGUAUGGGAGAAAUACUGUAACAACCCAUAGCAGCCUGCAAUUAAAAGAGUUUCUUCUUUACCUUG